AUGCAGAAUAGUACGGACUGCUUGAACCUCAACUCGGAGUUAUGGCUCUAUCGAGAAGAUAUGUCAACAAGGUGGUAUAUAAUGUUGAUAUUUGCUUUCCUCUAUCUUAUCAUCAUUGCUGCUGGAAUCAUUGGAAACACUUGUGUCAUUCUGGCAAUUACCAGAAAUAAAGCACUUCAAACAGUUCCAAAUCUCUUCAUCCUAUCUUUAUCCUGCUCUGAUAUUGUGGUGUGCUGCACAUCUGCAACAAUUACUCCAAUUACGGCUUUCAAGAAGGAAUGGAUUUUUGGAGAAGUUCUUUGUCGUGUGGCUCCUUUCAUUGCAGUAUGUAAAUUGAAUAAAAACAAGGUUGACGUUCUAAACUUCCAGGGAAUCAGUUUGUGUUACUCAACAUUCACUCUCACUGCUAUUUCCAUUGAUAGAUAUAUCCUAAUCCGAUUCCCAAUGAGAAAACCAAUUUCUCACUAUCAGGCUCUUGGGGUCAUCGCUCUCAUUUGCGCGUUUGCUGCCACUAUCACAUCCCCGAUUAUGUUCAAGCAACGUCUUGGAGAAUUCGAGAACUUUUGCGGGCUCUACUGCACGGAAAACUGGGGAGCCAACGAGAGCCAGCGCAAAAUCUAUGGAGCCGCGCUGAUGUUUUUGCAACUCGUUAUUCCGCUCACCAUCAUCAUCAUUUCCUACACGGCGAUUUCGCUGAAAAUCGGACAAAGCAUGAUUCUGAAAGGCGCCAAGAAGCAGAAGACAGACAAUUGGGAGAUCGAAUUAAGUGACCAACAAAGGAUGGCGGUGAAGAGAAGACAAAGAACUAAUCGGAUGCUCAUCGGUAUGGUUGUCGCUUUUGCUUGCAGUUGGAUUUGGUCUGUGACGUUCAAUAUCCUCAGAGACUAUGAGUAUCUCCCUGACCUCAUCAAGAACCAAGAGUACAUCUUUGGAAUCGCCACUCAUUGUAUUGCAAUGACAUCAACGGUCUGGAACCCACUUCUCUACGCUGUCCUCAAUCUUCAACUCCGUGCCGCCUUUAUCGACUUGAUGCCUCAAUGGCUCCGUCGUCGGCUGAAUCUUGAUGGGGAUAACAGCUCACCACUUCUCACCCAUCCUACCAUGACUAUCACAAAUAAGUACGGAUCUACGGCUACACAGGCAAUCAAAGCAACAUACAUUAAUACCGCAGCCAACGGACAACCAUACGUGUCAACAAGUUUAAUGGGUAAAGUUCAACAGGAGCCAUCAAGUUUUAUAUUUAAUGGUUCAGCACGUAAAAAGUCUGCAAUGAUGCGUAUUUUGGUGCAAAAAAGAAAUUCUGAAGAGGAGGAGCAACUAAUCACAAAAGAAUCACCAUCACCGCCAGAAAUCCAAAUGGACACUUUAUGUGCGGCUCCAAUAAUCCCUCGUCGAAAAAGUGCCCAGCCAAGGUCCACAAAUGAAAAAGUUGUGCUACCGCGGAAGGCUUCUUUUUAA